UGAAGAGUGAUGCUUGCGCCGGUGUCGCUGCAACUUUUUUGAGCUUUCAGGUCGAAUCGAUUGAUGAAUUGAUAUGGAUGUCGUGAUAAAAUUGCUUUAUCCCACGUUAAGUCAUACGUCAUAUACCGCCUAUAGGCAUGCGACCUCUUCACCUUCACCUUCACCUUCACCUUCCACCCUCAACUACUUCUACCUACUUAUGAUUAUGUUUCUUAAGUCAAUAUAAAUAUUGAUAGAAGCUACUUAUGCCCUAUCGGACUCUAAAUCAGGGAAGCAUCGUUCUUGAAAUUGUUCGAAUAUUCUCCAGUCACGCGAUCGACUUCCCCGUUUGUUCAACACCCACCAUGAUAUCAACAUUCGCUAUAACUACUAGCCAUGAGCCACGAACCAUCCACCAAAGAGGGCAAAAAGCCCAUCGAGGAGAAAAAAGCACCCGAUACUGAUAACCACGCAGCCCUCCAUCAACGCCAAACAGCUAUCGCCGCACUCGCGAGUUUACCUCUAAAGACAGUACUCUCCGUCUUCCGUCAUCAAUGGCAUAAAGACAAAGCUCGCAUCACAUUCGCGCACGCCGAACAAUACAUCCGCGAACAUGAUCUCCCGCCUACGAAAUCCGAAUGGCCAAACUUAGCCAAAUACAGACCGCGGCAUUGGAUGGUCCAUACUUUUCAGCUUCGCUUAGUGAAGAACGAUCUCAUAUGGCAUCGCGAGAAGUAUAUCAAGCUAUACCUAGACGCCGUCAUAGCAUCCGCCCGUCUACCGAAGAAAGAUCCUGUUACCAAGUCCCAGGUGCAUAGCAUUCGGAAGACACUUACGAGCGAGUUACGCAUCAGCCUACCUAAAGACCUCGCCAAGAUAUACUACGGCAAAGUACCUGCUCUUAUGGACGCUGCGAUUGAUCCGGGGGAGUUCAAGGAUAUUGUUGAUCAUUUUGGGGCAGAGCGGCAUCCUAUGUUUCUUACGGUUCCGAUGUCCUUGCAUUUGUGGAGUAUUCAUCAGGAUUACCCCGAUCUCUUACCGAAGACUCCGGCGCUGUGGGAUUGGACUAUGCCGGCGGAUGUUAUUGAGGCGAAUCAUUGGAAGCAUAAGGAAGACCUGUUUUGAGAGGUGGGACGGGCGGUACGACAGAAGGGGAGUGAAGGAGACAUGCCUUUUCCCAGUAUUGUUAGAGAUCAUGAGUUUAAUCAAGUUAGGAAUACCUUAGAGAAUAGGUUAGUUGAUACAUCCGAUACUCCUCAAUAUCGUGCUCCUUGGG